UACAAGGAUAAUAUGUCAGAAGAUAUUUUACAUCAAAUUCGUGUCAGUUCCAGAAAUCACGAUAUUGAGAUGAAUGAGGAGAUACAUAAUCGUGCUUUACUCUUGAUCGAAGAUAUGUGUUACCUCAUGUGCGGUAAUUUAUUAAUCAGGUUAGGAAUGCCAGCACCAUAUCGUGAAAUGAAUGACGCAUUUAAUCGAGAAUUGGAAAGGGAACGUGAAUAUGAUCACCAGGAAUUAGAUUUAGUAGUUCAAACGAAUGUACCCCUGUUGAAUUACCAACAAAAGGAAGUUUAUGAUACUUUAAUGAAGGCAAUCGAUGAUGAAAAUGGUGGUUUAUAUUUUCUAGAUGCCCCUGGUGGAACUGGCAAGACAUUCCUCAUGUCAUUAGUUUUAGCAACUGUUCGGGCGAGAUUUAACAUAGCGGUUGCAGUUGCUUCUUCUGGAAUAGCAGCCACAUUGUUAGAAGGAUGCCGUACGGCUCAUUCAGCAUUCAAAUUACCGUUAAAUCUUCAAACUAUUGAAGAACCAACGUGUAAUAUUGCAAAACACUCAGCAAUGGCCAAAGUUUUAGCGGUAUCGAAAAUCAUCAUCUGGGACGAAUGCACAAUGGCGCAUAAACGUGCAUUAGAAGCACUUAACCGAACAUUAAAAGAUUUACGCAAUGACUCGAGAUGUUUUGGAGGAGCAAUGAUUUUACUUUCUGGCGAUUUCCGCCAAAUACUGCCAGUAAUUCCAAGAUCUACGGCUGCCGACGAAAUAAACGCUUGCCUCAAAUCGUCAAAUCUAUGGCGCCAUGUGAAGAAACUGCAACUGACAACAAACAUGAGAGUUACAUUGCUUAAUGAUACAUCUGCUGAAGAUUUCUCGGAGCAAUUGCUGACUAUCGAAAUUAUUUCUAACUACAAAAAUUAUGAAUGGAUGAGUGAGCGAGCAAUUUUAGCGGCUAAGAAUAAAGAUGUAGAUGACCUAAACUACAUAAUUCAAAAUAAGAUCAUUGGAACAAUGCAUUCAUUCAAAUCUAUUGACUGCGUCACAAAUGAAGAUGAAGCCACCAACUAUCCAAUUGAAUUUUUAAACUCUUUGGACGUGCCUGGCUUACCACCGCACAAUUUACGCCUAAAGGUUGGCUCCGUAGUAAUCAUGCUUCGAAACAUAAACCAACCAAAACUGUGCAACGGUACGCGUUUGGUGGUUAGAAAAUUGAUGAACAAUGUAAUUUACGCUACGAUAAUGAUAGGAAAAUUCAAAGGUGAGGAAGUUCUCAUUCCGAGGAUACCGAUGAUCCCAACCGAUAUGCCGUUUGAAUUUAAAAGACUUCAAUUUCCGAUACGUCUUGCAUUUGCCAUGACCAUCAACAAAUCACAAGGCCAAUCCUUAAAAGUUUGUGGUUUAAAUCUAGAACAUUCAUGUUUUUCCCAUGGUCAAUUAUACGUGGCAUGUUCACGGGUCGGAAGACCAUCUGCGUUGUUUGUUUUUGCGCCUGAUAAUAAAACAAAAAAUGUCAUGUAUCACAAGGUACUUAAAUGAAGAGCAACCUAUGUACUAAAAUACAGAAAUAAUUAUGAAUGAUU